AUGCGCCGGGACACUGAACUCUGUGCGGGACAAAGUCAAAGUUCAGGCGGAUAUACGACGCGCAGAAAGACGGGACCUUGCGGCAAGAUGCAGGGUCUGAGUUCCAGGGCUCAUGCGUUUUCUGUGGAGGCGCUGGUCGGGAAACCGUGCAAGAGGAUGAAAGUGUCCGAAGGACACGAGUCAAGUUCAGCUGGAGACACCGGCAGCGAGACGAGCAUCUUCACCGGCCUGAACGAGUAUCCAGUCAGCCGGAUGAAGAAAGCAGGUUCAACACCGAGGAGGGCAGAGGACACUUCUUGUGACCCGGACAGACAGAAAGUCAGAUCCGGGACUGAAGAGUCUGAACCCAGCGGAGAGGAGAGCAAGCCGAAGGAGAGCGACUGCCGCCUGGACAGAGAGGUCCGGGUCGAUCUGCAGGGCUCCGAGCUGUGGAAGAGAUUCUAUGAGAUCGGCACCGAGAUGAUCAUCACCAAAGCUGGCAGGAGGAUGUUUCCUUCUGUGCGCGUAAAAGUGCGCAAUCUGGACCCGUGCCAGCAGUACUACAUCGCAAUGGACGUCAUGCCAGUGGACUCCAAACGCUACAGGUAUGUGUACCACAGCUCGCAGUGGAUGGUGGCUGGAAACACGGAUCACUCCUGCAUCUCCCCCCGGCUCUACGUGCACCCGGACUCACCGUGCGCAGGAGAGACGUGGAUGCGUCAGGUCAUCAGCUUCGACCGGGUCAAACUCACCAACAACGAGAUGGACGAUAAGGGACAUAUAAUUCUCCAGUCGAUGCAUAAAUAUAAACCACGUGUGCACGUCAUCCAGCACGACCCUCGCAUGGACUUGUCACAGAUCCAGUCGCUGCCUGCUGAAGGAGUGCACAGCUUCUCCUUCCCAGAGACUGAGUUCACCACAGUCACAGCCUACCAGAACCAACAGAUCACAAAACUGAAGAUCGACAGGAACCCGUUCGCCAAGGGCUUCAGAGAUCCAGGACGGAAUAGGGGAGUGUUGGAUGGCCUGCUGGAGUCGUAUCCCUGGAGAGGCCCUCUCAGCUUAGACUUCAAGCCAUUUACCAUCCAGCUCCAAGGGAGCUCGGGGUCACCGACCAGCAGUAUGAAGACUCUUUUCCCCUUCUCCUCUUCUUCAUCCCUUCACCCGUUCUCCGUCUCCUGCCAGGACGCAGCAGCUCUCCACGCCCUCGCUCUCCCUUUCUACGGCAAGACCUCCGCCGCCGCCUCGCCCUCCUCCCCGCUGCCCAGCAGGGCCUUCUCCUCCCUGGGAGCGGACCGACUGAGAGGCCUGCCCCCGCUGUCUCCUCUCGCAGACCUCCCACUCCUCUCGGCGCUGCAGGCCAAGAAACCUCCCAACUGUAGGGAUCCAUGUCUUCACGGGUCUCCGGGGAGCUCCCCCAGCCUCUUCCCCCUCCACAGCCCCCUCAGCCCGCAGGGGCCUUCUCUGCUCCCUCAUCUCUCUGACUCUGCGGGCCCCUACUGUCUUUACCGCUACAGCUUCCCCCUGAGCCCCCAACUCACAGCUAUUUCCCGGCACGCCAAACUAACCGAAGACACCACAGACUGUCUGCUGCGCCAGUCUCCGUGGCACCCGACCACCAACCACUGCCUCUGA